UAUUUUUACAGUCCGGUGAUUUUUUUAGUGCAAUGUGAACCCCUCAUCUGAUUCAGAAAAACGACACUAGACGGGUUCAGUAACAACCGACACAAUCAAAAAGGACUCGUUUGAAAUGUCGGACGAAAAUAGGACAUCCAUGGUCUAUUAUGGAAGUCUUGAAGUGCAUUUACGCGAUUGGGAAAAUCUGCGAAAAUCUCUGGACAGAGAUAUUGGCACAGAGCCGACAUUUGAAGCAAAGGAAGGAUCAAGCAAGAUAUCCGUCUCUUGCUUCCCUCAAAUAAUGCCGGGAAUGGUUCCCAACAUAUCAGGAAGCCUGUGUAUUCGAGAGUGCGAAACAGUGUUGAUAGGAUCCUUCAAGAAUCUUUCAAUGCAGGGCAUGGAGCUAUUGAAAGAAUGGGUCUUGAAUCUCCUGAAUCGUGAAUACUGGAUUUCACCUUGGUUCCAACAUGCAAGGACACUAUCUCAAGUUGAUUAUGAUGAUGAAAGUAGAUCUGUUGUGAAAAUUUCUGCAGAAGUUUCUGAGGAAAUCCAUCGUCAGCUGGAGGAAUGUAACAAUGCAGAACUGGAUGAAGCCACUGGAAGAACACCAUUCUUGGCUCUCUGUGCUCAGCCUAGUGACGAUUUUUUAGACAUUGCUGACCAACGAUUCAAGUUCUUUUCUGAUCUCGGAGCAGAAAUUAAAUGCAAUAAGAAGUCUGCCAUGAUUGCCACCCUUUUACUCGAUCCCAAAGUGAACGUGCUCCGCAAAGACAAUCUUGAAUACUCCUGUUUGCAUCUGGUGCUUUACAAUUCUUCGUCCGAGGAAGACGCUUGGCCAGUCGUUAUUCUGUUGCUGGAGGCAAUUGAACAUUUCGCCGGAGGCAAAACGAAUCAAUACUUUGAAAUCCUUCAACACACGCAUAUUUACGACGAAACAGCCGCAGACAUCGCGAUAGGAAAAAAGUACCACGGCAUUUUCAUGACUCUCGUUCUCGCUGGAGCCUUCGUGGCAUUCAAUCCAAUUGUUGCCAGUGAUGAAGAAGAAUCAAUAACCAAGAACAAGAACGAUCGGAUUCCGGGUGCCAACGAAAGAGAAAUCGACUCGAGAGAAGUUUUACUCUUUGCAACACAUGUCUUGAAGGACGACUUUGAUUGUGGAUUCGUUUUCAAACAUCUCGUUCUUCGGGUUCCUUUCGAACACUUGACAGCAGUCUCUGAAACGGGUCUCACAGCGAUUGAACUUCUAUCAUGGAAGCAAGUAUUCGACAGGAAUCCAAAUUCAUUUGCAAAGACGGCAGGAGAAAUAUUAUUUAUCCCAGCGUCUGAGAACCGGCGAAAAAUCGCUCAAGAUGUUGUGAAAACCGCGAUUGAGUUCAGGCAGAUUUAUUACGCCGAUCGGGUGCCAGAAAACAUCCGGGACUUGAUUUUCCCAGAAAGUCGAUGGAAGGAUGGGGUUUCAUCCAUUAACCACACGUGUUUGGACAAGAUGACCAUUGAUAUUCACCCUGAAGAAAAUGACGAAAAAAUUUCAUCGCUAGUCCGGAAAUGGGAGGAACUUCGAAAUUCAGGUGAUUCAACCGAAAAAUCGGAAUUGAUUGAUGAAAUUCACAGAAUGUCGUCAGUCUUCCACUGCUUCGAUGACAUGAAUGCGAUGCAUUUGAAAAAUGCGAUGGAGAUUGCGACUGAGAAAGAAAUUCAAUGUCUUCGGAAGAAAUGGAACGUCAUGACCUAUAAAGUCAAUCCUUUUCCAACUUCAACCGUGUGUUAUAUCUCCGAGAAUAUUUCUUCAAUAUCUCCCAGACUUGUGACUACUGUUUUGGCUCUCGGAUGCAGAACUUUGGACAGAGAAGAGGAACUUACUCUUCCCCGGAAUCCAAAAUUGGCACAAUUAUUCCAAAAAUGUCGGCUGUUGUGGGGCAAACAAGGUAGGAGAGCAUUGAGUCAAGGAGACACGGAUUCCAUCAGCAGCUGGAUCAGGACAAACAGCAGAAUUGCCUUUGAUGUGCCUGUGCUUGAAGAAAAGCCAUUGUUUCAAGCAGUCAUGGAUCCAGGGUAUUCAUUCUUCUACAUGAGGAAACUGGUUCUUCAGGGUUUGAUGCUGGCUGAGCCACAACGAUUUGAAAGGGAAUUCAGAAAGUUGACCUUUGACCAGAUGGUUGAAAUUGAUGAUGAUGAAGUGGCUCAAAUGUUCCUGUUUCGAUGCAUUCGCCAGAGCAUCUCCUCAAUGGAGAUUUGCAUACCUGUUCGCAGAGUUGGACAAUUACUUGAUUCACGUCCAAUAAUUGUUCUGAGUACAAUUGAGGACAGUGAUGGAAAGAAGUUGAUGCCAGACCUGGGAACCAGUUGGUUCCAACAUUCUUUGCAAGAACGAGACCCACGUCAGUUGCCACCAGUUCUUGACACGUCAUCUUCUUUCUCAGAAGCACUGAAGAAAGCAGAACUUUUGACCAAGGUGACAGAUAAAAAAGAAGCAGAUCUGAGUGGAGCUGUUUUGUUGUGGGAAAGCGUGGAAUUUAUCAAAGGGAAUCCAGAAUUCAUGCGAACAACAGUUCUGCCUCACCUAGCAAUGGCCAACUGGUGUGACCACAACUGGACCAAAGUUUUCAGAAAAAAGCACAAUAGUUUUCUUUGCAUGUUUGGACUGUAUAUUUUACUUGGAUCAAUCUAUGCCUGGUUCUAUUCUGCUGGUCUUGAGGAACACUAUACACAUGUUGCAUUCAAAAAGCAACAGGAAAGACAAAACAGUUCAGAAGGAACAAGUGGACCCAAAGAAAAGCGGUCAGAAGAAACCUUUGUCAUGGGUGCAGUUUUUUGGGCAAGUUACUCAUUACUGCUCCUACUCUCACUCAUCUUCCUUGGAUGGGAAUGGGGGCAGAAGCUGAAGUUUGGGCCAUCAAUGUAUUGGCAACAUGUCGAGAACUGGUUUGACCUGAGCACCACAGUUGUGUUCUUCAUCUGUGGCAUUCCACUUGGAACAUGGUCUCCAAUUCUGGCCAGAGCACAGAUGAACAUUUUACCCUUCUUUCCUGCUCUGGGUUCAUUGGCAUUCAUGAAAGCAUGUGGUCCAAGGGGAAGAGGGAUCACAGCCAUGAUGUUUGUGGAAUCCUUGGCAAGGCUUAAAGGGCAUUACUUGUUUCUAGUCCCUCUGUUUGGGUUUAUGAUGGCAUUCUGGAUCAUCAGAGAGAUUUAUAAAAGAACUCUGCCUGGAUUUGUUGCUGCACUUCUGGACAUUUUGGCAUUUUCUGUGGCCAAUAUUGAAGUUGGUGAUUUCACUGGUGGAUCUGAUGAGCCAACAGGAAGUCCUGGAGGAAAUUUCCCUUGGAAAGACGACUUAUCCAUAAGUGGGCCCAUCAUUGGAAUCAUGGCAGCCCUGACACUUCAUGUCAUCAUCUCCAACCUGUUUGUGGGCAUUGCAAUCAAUGUAUCACAGGAACUGGAAAAAACUGCUGAUGGUCUGCGAAAUGAGCGCAGGCUGCUUUUCAUGCACACUGUGACAGACUUUUAUUCUCUCAUGCAUCAAAAGAAGCCUGUUUCUGGAACAAAUGAAGAACAUAAUCCUAAUGACCUUGAAGAUCAACUCUGGAAAGAAGGAAGCGCCAUGAGAGACACCAACAGGAAUGUGAACAUUUUGCACGAGGAGACAAAGAAAGUGAUUGGAUUUAUUUCUCAAUUGCGGGAUGAAAACGAAAAAUGUCGCAAGAAGACAAUUGAGUUGGAAGGUCAGCUGAAACUUAUUCAUAAUAACAUGAUGGACCUACAAGCAUCAGUUCGAGAAAAAUUUUCCCAAAUUUUGGAAAAACUGAAUGAUCAAAAGAUGACUGCUGUACUGGUCGACAGUGCUGAUCUUAAGCCAGCACAAUUGGAAGGGGAAAAAUGA